AUGGACCGAUGGCUUUUGAUAGUGCUCUGGCCUCCUUGCGCUUGGGCUUUGGAGCUGGCUGAAUGGGUGACCUCGCUUGGUGGUUUCGUGUCACCAAAGCUCGAGAUCAAAACAGGUACUGCAGGGCGUGGACUGUUUGUCAGCCAGCCAGUGCAGCAGGGAGAAACACUUCUUUCCAUACCAUUCAAUGCAAUACUUCUUGGCGAGAAGGCUGUGAACUUGACGCCGUGUCAAGGCAGGAUCAGUGAGUUCUUUGACACGGCAGCGCAUCCUGAGAAUGUUGGAACCCGUGCAACUUUCAGCAUCAUGGUAUUUUUGCUGCACAUCAGCAUUGAUCCACAGGCUCGAAAGGCUUGGCCACACCUGGACUUUCUACUGAAUCACUGGGAUGAACGGCAGCUUAGCAGAUUCCCCCUGUUUUGGGCGUCGGAAAUGCUUGCGGACAUUGCAGGAACCACUGCGUUUGGAUUGUAUUCGAUUGCGCGGACAGGGGUUGAGCGGGAAUACACGGAAGUCCUCAAAGCAGUGUGCCCUGAAUUGGCUUCAGGUUUCACUCUCAAAUCUUACAAGAAUAUUUGGGCGCUGGUGAACUCACGCAUUCUCACCUUCCCUGGAAGCCCUGAAGGUUUGCCAUCUCAGCCAGCCUUGGUGCCCAUCUUCGACAUGGUGAAUCAUCAUUUGCCCGUGCCUCAAAGUCCACUUGAAACGGAAGCGCAGGUGACACAGCACGAGGCAAAGAGCUUGGGUCGCUUUGGCCCCCAGCCAGCAAGGCCAUCAAAGCCAUCAAGGCCAUCAAAGUUACAUAUGUGGCCACAGAGGGCCAUGGAGAGCGGACAAGAAGUCACCGAUGUCUAUGGUUUGCACAGCAAUCAGGAGAUGCUGUGGAAAUUCGGUUUCACUGUCCCAUGGAUCCACAACCUUACUUGUUUGACAAAGACUCGCUUGAGCUUGGAUAUUCAAAAGCUUCGAGGUGAGGGAGGUGGAGGUGGCUUUCCGCCUGAUUUGCUGUCAAGACUGCAACCUUUUUUGCAUUUUGAAUUGGGCGGAUGCCCAAAGAAGAAAAAGGCCAAAAGCGAAGGCUUGGCAGGCCACAGUCUAGCAGGAGUUCUUUCCUUCUUGCGAGCCUGGCUAGCAUCAAGUCGAGCUUCAUUGCCUGAGUUACACAGGUCCUGUUCCUUUGAGUCGCCCGAAGUCUGGACGCCAUUCUGGCUGCAGUCUUCACCAGGCCAAAGCUCUGCCCGCAGGAAAAGAGAUGGAGAGACCUGGCGUAUGAAAACCAAUUGUAAGUACUGGAGCACUCAGAAUGAACACGGCUUACUCAAAACUUUGUUGCAUCUUUUGAAACAAAAGAUGCUGGGAAUGCAAGGGUCUUUGAGUGAUGAUGAGCAGACACUGAAGAACCAGGAUGUGCAGGGAGCCUGGUAUGACGCGAUCGUCAUCCGAAGAGAUGAAAAACAUCUCCUCGAAACGCUGAUGCAUUGGUUGGAGAAACGGAUCAAGACGCCAGGCUCAGAUUUCAGAGAUUCAGAGCUGACUCACGUGCAGACGCCGACUGCGGCGUACAUCAAAGCGUUGGCCUGGUCGUUGGAAGAUUUUGCAAGAUGUUGCAAGCUCAUCAGGGGGCAGAAGCCUUCAGCACGGAUGCAGAGCGGCGUGCCAAGCUACUUGAACUGCGCUGCAGCGUUCUACAUGGGGCAUGUGUUUGUGGUAGGUGGCCGAUCCCAGAUUCUGGGGCAUUGCGUGGCUUUUGCCGCGGCACUCCACCUCGAAAAAAGGACCUGGCGACAGUUGCCGCCCCUGACCUCUGCAAGGAGCCGUGCUGCAGCUGUCGGAGUGAACGGAAGCUUGGUAGUCUUGGGUGGGCUCGCUCAGAACACUCUAGACCUGGUGGAAGAGCUUAAAGUGUCAGAUACUGCUGCGCGCGUUCGCUGGCGUGCUCGCCCACGACUUCCGGAACGCCUUUGUGAUUGCGUAGCAAUUUGCCUUGAGGGCGACCAGGAGUUGGCACUUUUAGGUCAUGCUGAUAAUGCUUGUGGUGCAUCUCUUCUGAUCCUAGACGCAUCCGCCGUUUGGAGAUCUUUGACACUGCCACGGCGGCGAUCCUACGCCAGCUUGGUAGCCUCCUCCAAGUAUUUGUUCAUCAUCGGAGGAAUGGAAGUGGACAGGGACGUAGGCUUCGUGGAUGUCUAUGACCUCUGCCUGCGCAGCUGGAGCAGCAAGUUAACUCUUCCCGACCUGCCACACGCUCGCAGUUCUGCACUUGCAUGCGCUGUAAGCGGCCGCAUCUACGUGCUUGGAGGACUUCAGUUUGGCCCUGUGGAGUACGUGGAAGCCUUAGACCUUUGGUCAUGCCAGUGGAACCGAUAUCCCGACCUCCCAGAUAGAUUUUCCUCGAGUGGCUCGGCCAUUUCUGCACUGGUGUCGAAGUAG